AGCCAUUGAAAUGGAAAGAUGGUUCCUUUCCUAUUUGUGUUUGUCUGCAAUGAAGUUUAAAUUUGAUUAAAAAAAUCAACCCAUUCCAAUAAGUAUACACAAUGGCUGCUGAAGCAGCUACUGUUUUAAUUAAGAAGGGUAAAAAAUCGACUGUGUCGUACAUUCAUGACGUUUGCAAGUCGCGCAAUAUAAAUGACAUAACCACUGAAGUAUUUAACACAAUUCUAAAUCCCACUGUGCCAAUCGAUGAUUGGGACACUUUAGAUUGGUGUAAAUUGAUCAUUGCUGGUGGACUAACUUCUGAAGAAUUUGCAAAGCAAGUUCGAAAAUACGAUAAUGCUACCACCUGUGGAUUAGUAUGGACUGCUAAUUUUGUUGCUUACCGCUGUCGAACUUGUGGAAUCUCCCCCUGUAUGUCCCUUUGCUCAGAGUGCUUCCAAAAAGGAAAUCAUGAAGGGCAUGAUUUCAACAUGUUUCGAAGCCAAGCUGGCGGUGCUUGUGACUGUGGAGACAAGAGUGUCAUGAGAGAAUCGGGAUUUUGUCAGAGGCAUGGAUCUCAAAACCAGUUAAAUAAACCUGAAGCUCCCUUUGAUCUACUAUGUGUUGCAGAGGCAUUUAUUCCAUACCUGUUUUUGCGCCUUAUUCAUCAUUUGCGUGACAACUGUGAACCUCGUGCAACUGAUAGGUAUCAGUCUGCUAUUCUCAUGGCUGAUGGAUUUUUGACAAUGCUACAUAAACAUAGUGAAAUGGGAGCUGCCAUGCGUGAUAUCAUGACAAAAGUGUUGACAGAUCCUGCACUUUACAUUCAAAUAGGUGUUGUGGAAAAUCAUUUUUUUAAUGACGAACACAAAAAGAACUGUUCUUUGUUAGAAGAAUUGGUUUUUUGGACUAUCCAGUAUGAAUUUCCUCAAAAAUUAGUGUUUUUACUCUUAAAUAUGAUGCCGAAUGUAAAAUAUAAGGAAGCUUUUACCAGAACAUUUGUUAAGCACUAUGGGGAAAUCAGCAAAAUGUUGGCUGAAGCAAUAGAUACUGAUACUUUAUCCAAUCGAGUUGUCCAUGUCAGUGUUCAGAUUUUCAGCAAUGAGGAUCUUGCAUAUGAAAUGACAAAAAAUAAUGAUCUUUUGAGAAUCAUGGUUAACUGCUUAAAUUCCAUGAUGUCGAAAGUCCUUAUCUCACAAAAUUAUAAAUAUAUUAAACCUGGUGAAUAUAAUAGACUAGGACAUUCAGUAGUGGACUGUAGUCAUCGCAUCAUGAAGGAUCAUUGUUACUGGCCUUUGGUUAGUGAUCUUAACAAUGUUCUUACCCAUGAAGCAGUAGCAUUUGAAUUUCUUAGUGACCAUGAUCUUUUGCUACGAUGGUUUUGUUUUCUCACAAAAUUUCAAAGCAUGAAUUUAAAUCAAAGAGAGUUGAAAACUCAUGUUGAAUUUGAAUCAAAUACCUAUUAUGCUGCCUUUUCUGCAGAAUUGGAGGCAUCUGCAACUCCUAUGUGGGCUUUAAUAUCUCAUCUUAAAAGUCCUGAUACCUUAGAAAAAACUAAGCUACUGUUAGAAGUUUGCUUGGAAACUAUUCUGGAAUGGUUUGAUUCAAUUUCUUUCACAAAGCCUAGCAGUAUAAAUCCUUUCCAAGUAUCCUUUCAUUUGCCUCUUCAUCGUUGCUUUGUAUCUUUUUUGGGCCAAGCAGUUCGCCAUCAAGGAGGAUCAUUAGAUGAUUUAUUACCAGAUGAAAAUGUGCUUAAGUUGCUCAUAAUGCAUCCUUUGCAAGCACAGGUUGCUUUUCAUGAGAUUUUAUGCAACAUGUGGGUUCGUAGUGGUCUCCAGAUAAAAGGCCAAGCCAUGACUUACAUUCAGUGUCAUUUCUGUAAUUCAAUUGUUGAUGCUGACCUCUUUCUUUUACAACUAUGUGCCAUGAAACUUGAUCCUGAUUGGUUCUUGAAAACUGUGAUGGAAAGGUUUCAUGUAUGGUCUUGGUUUUCAUUUGAUCCUGAUACACGUAACAAUUUCUUGGAAUCUGACAAAGUUCUACCAAUGCUUGAAGGAGCUCUUUCAUUUCUCUGCACAUUAUUAUCAAUACACACUAAUAUAGGUCAGACUGAAGAGGAAGUUACCAGACAAGAAAUGAUUUCUCUUCUUUGCAUGAGUGAUAGAACACAUUCACAAUUAAUGGAUUUGUUGCCUGAUAAAUGUGGAGCUAUUUCUCAAAAUAAGGAUUUUGAGAGUAUACUUAAUAAGUUGGCAGAUUAUAAGGCUCCAAUAUUUGAAGCUGGCGGUGCAAUGUUGCAAGGCAUGUAUGUACCGAAGCCUGAGGUUUGGGAACAAGAAUAUGAUCCAAUUCAUGUGCUUCUACGAGCUGUUCAUCGAAGGGAAUAUCAAUCAUCUUUAGAUAGAUACACACAGUUCCUUAGACAAUCUAACAAAUAUACAAGCUCUCAUCCUCCUUGGCCUCCAUAUAGAAUUCCAGGACCUGUUCAUAAAGAAUUUAUUGAUCCUCGCCGAAUCUUGCAUUGUAAAACAAUGCAUGGAAUUAUUUUCACAAUACUGUACAGAGCUGUAAAUGAUCCUGACAUUCCAGAGCAAGUUCUGAGCUUAUGCAUUUAUCUUCUAGACAUGGCAGUUCGUUUUCCUUCAACAUCCCAAAAGGUUGAAACCGUAAAUCGGAAAGAAUGGACAGAAGUGGAAGAUGUAAUCUAUAAAGACUGGUUUAAUAGUACUGAUAUUUUGGAAAACGUGACUCAAGUUGUAGAAAAAAUUGUUCUUUAUGAGCCACACCCGGUAGUAUUUUCUCCUCAUAUGGUAGAUCAAAUGGCAACUGAUUUAGUAUUGGGUACUGAAAUGGUUGAAGAAAUGGAUGUAGAUGAGGUCAGUGAGACUAUUGAAAGUGCAGAAAUGGAAGUAGGAGUUGAUGCAUAUGAUGUACAAAGUCCAAUAGUUGAAGAUGAAGCUGCCAAUCAUCAGCCAGAACUACCUGCUACAAAUACACAGCUGGCUUUACCACCCAGUGUGUCAUCUUCUAAUGACAACACAGCAGUUGUUCCUGUUACAAGUGGUGAGCUAGUCUCAGUGACUCCAGCAGUUGCAAGUGCUUCAAUAGCUUCAACUAGUUCUGUGUCUACAUCAGUUGGUAAUAGUCAUUUUUAUGGCUCUGUUGAUAUAAUACCUGCUCCAUCUCAUCUUGCACAACUGAUUCCUAAAGCCUUGAGACUUAAACAAAUUCCUGGAGCUCGUGGAUUAUACUUCACGGACCGUGUUUCGGAACGAAGCCUAAAUCUUAAGGAUCAGAAGACUGUGAGUGAGAGUAUAUUGUCACUUUUAUUGAAACUACAUUCAAAACUGUCUGAGAAAUCAGAUUCUUACCAGCUUAAGGCUGAACUUUCUACAGCAAUGCAAGAUCAGAGAAUUGGAGAUGGAGCAGUGUUUGUGGAAAGAGUGAUUGAUAAGAUAGCUUCUUCUGGUGCAGAUAAAAUAGCAGUGAUUCAAAACCUUAGACAGAAGAUUUGGCCUCAAGUUGCUGAAUGUUCUGGUUCUCCUGCUUCUGAGAAAAUGGACAAAGAAGAAAGGAGAAGAAGAGCAAAAGAAAGGCAGCAGAAGUUAAUGGCUGAAUUUGCUUCUAAACAAAAAGCUUUUAUGCAGAAAACUAUGGAAACUGAAAAAGAUGACAAUCCUAUUUCUGAUGAGACAUUGAUUACUAAGGAGAAAGAGUAUGAGUGCGUAAUAUGUGGUCAAAUGUCAUCAUCAGCUGAAGAACGACCAGUAGGAAUGGUGGUUUUGUUACAAGCGACAAGUGUUGUUGGACACCGUCAUCAAAUAGAAAAUCGAAAGCUUCCAUGCAAUGAAGAAGAACAAUUGCAACUGCAAAGAGGCAAAACUUGGGCUGCUGCAGAAGAAAGCAAAAUUGACCUUAUGACCAGAUAUUUUGAUAAUAAACACUGGCCUUUAGCAAUAAGUAUAGGUUGGGAAGGAGGAGUUUAUGUACAGUCUUGUGGUCAUUUCUUACAUAUUGAUUGCCAUAAAUCAUAUGUGCAAUCACUAAAGAAUCAAAAUCAAUUGUCUUCACGACUACAGAAUUUAGCUGUUGAUCGUGGAGAAUAUUCUUGUCCCUUAUGUCGUCAACUAGCAAAUUCUGUUAUACCAAUGUGUUCUAGCAUUGAAAAUAGUGCUGCUAUUGUACAUAGUCAUCAAAAAUCCUUGAAAGAAAUGUCCUCAGAAUUGAGCGAGCUUAUAGCUUCACCUUUAUCAGAACGAGAAUCAAAUCUAUUGAAGAAAUACAUGGGUGCAAUAAUGGAAGACAUCAUGAAUGCAACAUACGCUCAGUAUCGCUCGGUUGGUGCUCCAAAUUCCAGUAGCCUCUUUUCAUUCGUAUGCUCAAUAGCUAGAACAAAUUUAGAAAUUGAACUUAUUCAAAGAGGGGGUACUACAGUGUGUGCUCCAUUGAAGAAAAAGUCUUGUCUUGUUCCUCUGCUACAUGUGUUGUCUAUGAAUUCCCGGUUUCUUUCCCAGGCAGUUCCCUACAAUGUACUCACACGGUUGACUGGUCAAAUGCCGUCUGAUCACUAUUGUCUUUCAGUGUAUGAUGUUGAAGUUCCUCUGUUGUUGCGAGAUGUUUUAGCUUUAUUCUUUGAAAUUAUUUUAACACUACCCUUGAAUAUCGGCAAAGCAUAUUAUAGUAGUAUUAUACAAAUUUUAUACAACUUUUUAUACGUGCAAGCACUUGUUCAAGUCAGCACCAUGUUGAACCAAUCUCAAAGAGCUUCAUGGAAGAAAACAGCUAUAGAAAAAGUAGGCCCUGUUGAUCAAGCUAAUGAUUCAGAAGAGUUGCAAAAUAAUGAGGAUCCUAGAAUGAAUGACUUAGCUGUAAUUCUGGGUUCUGUUAUUGAAAAUCUUGAGCAUGGCUAUCUUUACAUUGAAGAUGAUGAAAUGGAUCCUGAGCAGAGAUCAACAGUAUGGAAUGAGAAGGAAUUAGAAAGUAAUAUUUCUGGAUACUGUUUACAUUUUUUGCGGAUAGCAGCAUUGCUCCAAAGCCAUUUAUAUGAAGAAAGUUCCUUACCAUUUUACUGCAAAGAUGAUGAGGAAUUUGAGUGCCUUUGUCAAUAUCUUGGCUUGCUACCUCCAGAAUCAAAAGACCCAACUGCCACUUCUUGUUUAAAGUGGACUGUGCAUGAUCCCAGAAUUCUCAUCAAAACUUGGUGUCAGGACUUUGUUAAUUUUUCCAAUAAAUCAAUAAUGGCCUCAAGGGCUCUUAUACAGAGGACAAUAAAGUUUCAUCUUCCACAGUUGCUCAGAUUACCUCAUAACUAUGAUGAUAUAUUCAAAUAUUAUCACAAGAAACCUUGUUCGGUUUGCAAUGAAGAACCAAAAGAUCCGUCGUUAUGUUUAGUUUGUGGAACUAUGGUUUGUUUGAGAGAAAGCUGUUGUCGUCAGCAGUCGUUAUUUGAAGCUGUGAUGCAUUCUGUAGCUUGCGGUGCAGGAACAGCAAUGUAUAUAGCUGUCAAUUCAUCUACAGUUAUUGUGAUUCGCGGAAAACGAGCUUGCCUGUGGGGUUCUGUUUAUUUGGAUAGUUAUGGCGAAGAAGAUCGUGAUCUGAAGCGUGGAAAACCAUUGUUUUUGAGCGAGGCUCGUUACAAUCUCCUGCAGCAGCAGUGGAUCAACCACAGUUUCGACCACACCAACAAGAGAUGGGUUUGGCAUAAAGACAAUUUAUAACAGUUAAUGUACAUAUUUAUGUAAAUUACCGCCCAAAGAUUAAUGGCUCUUGAAAUAGAACUUUGUAAAGAAAACUGUCUCUUCUUUGGUGUAACAGGAAGGGAGUUUUUUAAUCAGUGGUAGCACAAAGAGGAGUUUUCUUCUGGGUUCUUAAGCGAAGUCAUGAAUUUAUUCUACAAAAUUUGUGAAGAGAUAUAUUUUUAGUUCAUCAUUAUACAUAGAUAUGAAGAUGAUAUAUGUGAUAUAAUUUCAACAACUCACUAAGCUGGAAAUACAUGAGUCGAGUGUAGUGCCAAUUUGUAUGUGUGUGGAUUCUUCUCCCUGUAACAUUUUCCUUAAACAUUUUUCAAGAUGUACAAUUUGUGUAAUUAAUUUCAAAUUUUGUGAAAUUAUUGAUAGAAUCUAAUUUCAAACAUUGUUGUGAGGAAGAGUUUAUAAGUGUUAAAUUACCAGUUAUAACUUUUGAAUUGUAUUUUUUACUUAUUAAACCAUGAAUUACUAUACUUUUUGCCUUGUUCCAAUCCUAUAACAGUCAGUAAAUUUAAAAUUACUGACCCAAGAAUUCUUCUUACAUAAAAAAGGCUGUGAAUGUGAUUUUAAAAUCUAGAAUGUGAUAAAUCCAAUAUUUCAUUAACACAAUGGCUUAAAGUAGAUCUUGGGAAUGAUAAAAUUAUUCUCACUAUCACCCGUGUUAAUCUCUCUUUAUUUCAAUAACUUGUUAGUGGUUAGUAUGAAAUCAUAUUCCUUAUGUAUGCUGAAUGAGUUUUUAACUGACAAAUAAAAUUGCAUUGAAAGCCUAGUUUUAUAACAUACAUUACUAUUUAUGUAAUUUGUAAGUGUCUGUAUGUGUAAAAAACCAUUACUAUUUUGUUGAAAUUGUUUUAUAAAGACCACAUAAUAUUUGUUUGCACAACCAAUGUUUUAAAUACUGAUUUGAACUGUUGUAAAUGUAAAUUAAAAAUGGGGAUGCUGUUCACAUACAUGUGUAUUUUAUUUAUUGAUUCUACUUUAAGUGAUACUUCGUGCAUUGUUUUAAGUUGAAUCGUUCAGGUUGUCAUAUUCGUAUGUAGUAAAUAUAUUAUUUAUCUUUUGUAGAUGGAAAAUAUCAAUUGUAAUUUAUAUCACUAAUGCAGCUAAAAAUUCUAAUAGCAAAGGCUUAAUUCAUUCACAUAUUUUAUAGUCUAGUAAUAAUAGUUAAAUUUUUUAAUAUUUUAUUGCAAUUAUUUUCUCAAAAUAAUUAAAUUUUUCAUUUUUUCCUGAAAUGAACUUAUUAAUUUAAUGUUUUUACAACUUUCAUAAAAAAAAACUACCAUUUUGCUUUUGAAGAUUGGAGAAUAAAAUGAUGCCACUGAUUCUUCCAAAAUAUGAAUCGCUAUGCAUGAAAAAAUGUGUAGUAAAAUUUUAGGAAUGAAUAAAUUUUACUUCUAU